AUGACUGUUACGUCUAGAAUUCUCAGUGAGAGUGGGGCUGCUCUUGCUCCGCCACCUCGUCGAGCUGGGACUGGGGUUCUCCUACCCCCAGUCGCUCCGAGGAUUGUCUCCACCCAUGUUUGCCGUGCUGAUCCGGGUGAUGUUCCCCAAGUCGUAGACAAGGGGAAAGGUCGCAACUUGACCAAUCUCGGCUCAUCUGACGCAGAGGAUGAGCCAGAGGAUAAUGACGAAGAAGAGGAGGAUCAGGAGGAGGAAAAGAAGUCGAGUGAUGAAGGGCCAGGAGAUGUGGAUGACGAUGAAGAGAAGGAGAAGACGUCGAGCGAGGAGGAGAAGGAAAAGAUGUUGAGUGAUGAGGUGUCCAAUGCAGGUGACGACAAGAGUUCUGACACAGGUGACGAUGCCAUGGACCUCGACUCCAACAUCACCCCUCGCAACCUGCCUGCCUCCAAGCGUCAGGCUAGCGCCUCUCCCAUCGCCCAUCGCCAUGUAGCUCAGCGCAGCAAGGCUGACCAUGCCAACAAUACACCUUUGCCUGCUCCUGUCUUUGCUGGGUUCAACGAUAUGCCUUCCUCUCCCAUCGCUGACGACUUCAAUGAUUUGCAAGGCGCCUCCCGUACCAUGGGUGGAGUUGCAAGGGCCAAAGGACAUGGGGUAGCCCCCAACAUGGCUGACUUCAAUACCCAGCAACCAGACCUUGUCCCCAUUUGCAAUGAGGGCAGGGUCUUGGUGUACAAGCAUGAGGACCGCACCAUCGCUAAGCCCCGUGCUACUCUGACAUCUCGUUGUGGGUCAACGAUGACUGGGGAGAUGAAGGGCCCAUUUGCUGUGGCUAUUGAGGGGGAUGAGCCUGUUGAGUGGGACAACAACAAGGAAAUGGAGUUGUUAAUGGAACGCUCAACCCAAGGCUCUGGCUUCCACACCCCUCCUUCCCCCUCUGUCACCUCUGUCGACGCUCCCUCCACCAUCUCAUCUCUUGCCCCCUCUGCCUCCGUCCCCACUGCUGGUGCUGACACCGCCUCGCUUACCAUUUCCCAGCAGCUCACCACUGCCUUCUCUGACCCUGCCCUUCUUCAGCUUGCCAUCAUGCUGAAGGUGCCCUACAGCAUGACGCCCAAGGCAUCUCAGAAGGGUGAGAUCCUGCAGAUCUAUGCUCAGAUGAAGGCAGCUGCCCAAGUCCCAGCAAAGUGGUUGGAACUGAAGAAUGCAGGGAAGUGGACUGGUCGUGAUCUUUCCAUCGACGAACUUCGCUCACUCUACAUCCGCAAGACCAACUACAACACCUACUCCAAGAUGUUCGACAACGCUGAGCAGUUCCCCAUCCUCCAUGCUCUGUUGAACGACCCCACUUACGAUCAGAGCUCAGAGGAACACAGAGCUGUCUGGGGAACUCGCAAGCUUACGAAGGAGAACUUGGCAGCUGUCACGAAGGAGUUGAAGGACAAGGAGGACAAGGAGAAGAGGGCCAAGGAGAAGGCCAGGCUGGCCAAGGAAAAGAAGUCCAAGAAGGCCUCAACUUCGAAUUUUUCUUUACAGGCCCUGCUCAUGCUGCUCUCUUUCUGGCUGCUCCUCGGACUCCUUCCAUGUGUCUCUGCAGCAUCACUGGAGGAUCCCUUCCCAGGCAUCCUUUUUGCAGACUUUGCCAAAGUGAUCAAGUCCAGCUUUGGUGCCGACAUCACUCUUGCCACUGUCUUGAUGCUCCUCUUCAGUGUCACCAACAACACCGACCUUCUCAACCUCCAUGGUCAACAACAAGCUGUCCCUACCAACACUCAGGUCGUGACUAGCUGGAUGGCUGCCUUUGUCCGUGCUAUCAAAGACAGGCUUCAGCUUGACUCCCUUGUUGCUGAUGAUGAUUCGGAUACUGAAAUGAACACUGACUCUGACUCUGGCUCUGACUCUGGCUCCAACUCUGGCUCUGCAUCUGGUUCUAGCACCAACACCUCUGUCUCUUCUGAUGCCAGAACUACCUACGACACCCUAUUCCUCCCCACCGAUCGCCAUGAAGACCAGUCUCCAAAGCAACAGACCACUAUUCUGGGUAAAAAGCUUGACUUCUUUUGUCGCUCCCUCAAUCUUUACUCUCAUAACAAAAGAGGUACUUUGCGUCGCAAGCUCCUUCCCAUCUCCACUGCCAAUAUUCGCCCUGUCCUCAUCAUCACUCCCACUGUCAUGCAAUGCUCCGAUGCUACAUGUCCUGGUCGUGCUCUGACUCACUACCAGUGGUACCGUGAUGUCUCCAAAGCCACCUUGCUUAGGGGGAGCGAGUGCUUUGAGAAGGUUCCAGUACUUGCAGGGAAAUGUCCUGCAUGUUCCUCCAUGUUCUGGGCUGACCAUGAGAGCUUCAACGACCCUUCUAACGAUCGCCGCCUUGCCAUUCACCUUCCAGACACCAAAUACCUCAAAGUCGGAACUCAGGUCUGGGUUGACCGCCUGGUCUCCAGGGCUAUUGUCAAUGCCAACUACAGCUUUCAUGCCUCGACAGCUGCAGUAACUGAGUUCUGGAACUACUCCUUUGUCCAGCCCAGUGGCACCACAUUCAAACUCACUCGCAGGCAUACCUGGAAGGCUUUUGUCUUGGAGUCCAUCCGGUUGCUUGCUGAGCCUAGUGGUGCUGAGCUCCUCUUUGUGGACAACAUGGCUGUCAAGGACCUCGUGACUGCUGCUUAUGAGUAUCUGGGAGAUGGGGGAAUCAUCCGCAGUGCAGAGGGGCAUUCUUGCGAUGAGUGUUGUCAUGCAUUCAAGGAUGUGGCUGACGUGAUCCCUAAUCAGCCUGACAAUCCUGCUGCUCUUGCUGGCCAUGAUGAAAAUCAUGCUGUCCCAGAGUAUGCAGGCCCUGCUGUGGAAGAUGCUGAGGCCAUGGAUGUUGAUGAUGUCCCAGCCAGUGAUGCAUCUGAACCUGCUGGGGGGCUGCCCUUAGCAAUCCUGCUGACGUUCGCAUGA